AUGGCAUCAUGUUCACCUAAACAGGUCUCAGAACCAGCUCGCGAGAGAGAAUCCUUCAAGUAUGGAGCGUCGUUGCUCAACGAUAUUACUGACUCGCCUACCGAAGGCUCGCCUCCUGGUCACCCCUCAGCCAACGGAACUGCGCCCAGCGACGAAACAAAACGGCAAGAAACUCCGAGGGACACUGUUCUUGCAUCCCUUGCGCAACUCGGACUCUGGAAAACAGGGACUGACCGCGCCCUAAUAUCUCUAUUCGAUCGUAAUCACCAAUACAUUGUCGCCGAGACUACACAACGAUCAUCUCUCGCCAAGGGUCCGAUCCGGCCAAAAGACAGCAAUGGAGACUUCUGGCUGUAUCCAGGGACAUUUACACGACAGCUCUCGGUUUGCGACCGGGCUCUUAUGGCGCAAAGCCACGACUCUUCUUCCUCUGAUAAGGAAUUACCCCUUACUCUGAUACCGGAUCUCAAAGCCGAUGCCAGACUCUGCAAGAUACCACACCCGUUAUCAGAAUUCCCUGCUCGGUUUUAUGCAGCUGUGCCUGUACGAUCACCUACUGGCGUUGACAUUGGUGUUUAUUGUGUGUUAGACCCCGAGCCGAGAGAAGCCAAGAGCUGGACCAGCAAUGACACUGAGGUCUUACGAGAAAUCUCCUUUAACAUUAUGGACUACCUUAGAUCCAAGAGUGUGGGAGACGCUUAUCGAAGAAGCGUUCGUAUGACAAGGGGAAUCGGUUCGUUUGUCGAGAAGGAGUCCUCCAUGGCGGGUUGGAGAGCUCGAACUAAUUCUCCAGCCUUCCACGACGAUGCGACAAGGGAAGGCAAUUUGAAUUCUGAACAGCAGGCUCUACAGCAGUUCAGGGAUAUCAGCCUUCAGAAAACAUUGCCGGUUCACGUUCCAAUUCAGCCCAAUACGACAGGAGAAACCACCGCUAUCAGCUCUGGGGGUCCCGGGGAGGCGAAUAUGACCAGCACUUCAUCGGAGAGUAUGUCUGUCCGAGAAUCCAAUGAUAAUGCCAAGGAGAAGGCCAUUGCCAAGAUAUUCUCUCGGGCAGCCAAUCUCAUACGUGAAGGAAUAGAGAUUGAAGGCGUCGUCUUCCUAGACGCGAAUUUCGAGACGUCGGCUACCGAUUCAAUGCUUCAUGAGGGCCAAUCUUCGACCGAGUCAUCAUCAUCGAGUAGCGAUGAGUCAAUCGAUCAGUCUGAACAGGAAAAAUCUUGUUGUGGAAUUCUGGGUUUCGCUACUUCCACUUCGUCAAGCAUUAACUUGGACACAGGUUCCGAUAUCCACACAACCAUGCCAAUGAAGUUGCUAGCAGCGCUCUUACGGCGGUAUCCUGCUGGUAAAAUCUUUAAUUUCGAUGAGGAUGGUGGCCUCCUGUCAAGUGGUUCGUCUGAGGCCGACCUUUGUACACCGAUGCCGAAGCAAGAAUAUUUUGGCGAAGGAUCAACUGCGACGCUGUCUGGUAAAAAUCAGCGUCCUUGGUCGCGAUCUCUAGAGGGACCGUCUGUUUCCAAGAUCUUCCCUGGUGCUCGAAGCGUGGCCUUCGUGCCUGUUUGGGAUCCUAAAAGAGACCGUUGGUUAGCCGGAGGUUUCGCUUAUACUCGGACACCUACGAGAACAUUCACGAUAGAGGGCGAGUUGAGUUACCUGCGAGGGUUUGGAAUGCUGGCCAUGUCGGAAGCCCAACGACUCGAAGCCUUACUUGUGAACAAGGCACAAUCCGAUGUGCUUGGCUCAUUAUCUCACGAACUGCGGACUCCUCUUCACGGAAUCAUGCUCUCAGCCGAGCUGUUGGCCGAUGCUCAACUGGAUGUUUUCCAGGGAAACCUACUGCGAACCCUUGAAACAUGUGGUCGAACACUAUCCGAGACUAUUGAUCAUCUUUUAUAUUUCUCAAAGGUCAAUCAGGUUGCAGUUCAUCGAAAGAAGGAGCGCCGAGCUCGAAAACGAUCUGUUGUUUCAGACUCUGCCACCACAGUUCCCGCGAGUGUUUCGACCUCUGAGGUUAGGCUGGACGCUCUGAUUGAGGAGGUCAUGGACAGUGUUUUCGCCGGCCAUGUUUUCAAGGGCAACGAAGCCCAUAAGGCUUGGCAAACCGCUAAUCGAAGCAAAGGCGUGGAUACGGAAAAGGAGAAUGAUCCAACAGGCGGUCAGUCUGAAGAUCCCGUCAAGUACGAAGUACCGCUUGGGCACGACAGUCAGGUAGCCAUCUUUCUUGAUAUCGACCCUUAUGUGCCGUAUCGCUUCCAUGUUGCCGCUGGAGCACUCCGACGUGUUGUGAUGAACCUUUUUGGAAAUGCACUCAAAUACACACACAAGGGCACAAUCACGGUUGCCCUGUCUCAAAAGCCUCUGUCCUCAAACAACCCCAGCAGUAACAGACGGUUGGUCCGCAUUUCAGUCACAGACACUGGUCAAGGAAUAUCCCCAGACUUUCUUCGCAACGAUCUCUUCAAACCAUUCUCUCAGGAAAACCAUCUUUCACAAGGUACCGGGUUGGGCCUGAGUCUAGUCAAGAAGAUCGUGGCAUCCAUGAGCGGCAAGAUAUCGAUCGAGAGUGAAGUCAACGUGGGGACCAUAGCAACUGUAACAUUGCCACUGUCACGAUCGAAAGACUCAGACGAUUUAAAUCGGGGUUUAGAGAAGAACGAAGUUGAUGAAGAGGCAAAGCGCCUGAAAGGGCUGCGUCUGCGACUGGUCGGUUUCCCUUCUGAGGAGGAAAUCAAGUCGAAUACGGGUCAGGGCAUUCCCAUGUCUGCUAUGAAGAUAAUGUGUCAUCGAUGGUUGGAGAUGGAUGUUAUCAAGGAAGCUGCAUGUCAGGACGUGGCUCCAGAUCUUGUGCUGUGCAACGAGAUAGCGAUCAACGAUCCAGUUCUGAGCAGCGAAGAGCUCGUCAGGUGUCCCGUGGUUGUGGUGUGCGCCAAUGCCAUUACGGCACAUAAGCGAUCUUCCGAGAGCAAGGUAUCCGAGGGCCAGCGAGUUUAUGAAUUUGUUUCCCAGCCUAUUGGUCCUCACAAACUUGCUAGAAUUCUUCAUAUAGCGGUAUGUCGGUGGGGAGACUUACAAGCGUUGUCACCGGCUGCGCCAGUAGUUGAAGAUGAAGAGCAUCUGGAUUAUGCAUCCGAUGAUGCCAAAAGGUGCUCGACUGGAAGCAAUACAGGAGGAGAUGCUCCUGAUGAUAAAUCGACACUAUCGGGUCCAGGGGCGGCGUCAUCGAAACGCCCUGGACCCCCACCACAAGUUCCGUCAAAACGCCCUUCCCCAGAGACGCAACAAAAGGGGUCAACUGCGGCCAGCGAACUCAAGAGUUUCCUCCUUGUUGAUGAUAAUCCCAUCAACCUCUCGGUGUUGUGCGCCUACAUGAAGAAGCUCAAGAGCAAGUACACUACAGCAGCAGACGGACUUGAAGCUGUGGAACGAUUCCAGGAGAACCCAAAUCAGUUCAGUUGCAUCCUGAUGGAUAUCAGUAUGCCGCGAAUGGACGGAAUUGAGGCCACAAAACAGAUACGGGCUCUUGAAAACAGGGAAGGUCGGGAGCCGGUAGUAAUCCUUGCUCUGACGGGUCUAGCAUCAGCGAGUGCCCAGCAAGAUGCUUAUGCAAGUGGUGUUGAUGUGUUUCUAUCUAAGCCCGUUAAGCUCAAGGAGCUGAGCAGCAUAUUGAGGGAGAGAAGUUUGGUUUAG